AUUAAUUUUGAAAAUCCCGACACGUUACACAAAUUACUCCUUUCUCAAAACUCGUCCACAUUUCGGCCUAAUUUUUGGUUUGGGAUUGUGUUGCGCCCAACUGUCAAAAUUGCCCCAUCGUGCAUGGUUUGUUUUGAAAACACGCUCUGAACCGGCCUGCUAUAACGUAAUAAUGUAAACAAAUCGCCAGCCGGUGUGGAAAGGAAUAGCGUGCAGGAUUCACUAUUUGCUGAUUAAAAUUGUAGUAAAUACAGCAAUAAAUUGAUAAAUCUUCAACAAUCAAGUGUUCGGUGCAGUUCAUAUUGGAACAAAAAAAAAUCAAGAAGUAAUUGGCUUCGUAUCUCCCAUCUCCCAUCUGGCUGUGAUUCGUGGUGUGAUGCGCCACAACAAACAUGUGUACUCAUUUAGUAUAGGCAAAUAGAAACAAUACUUCCAUCAUCAACUCUGCAGCUGAUAAGAUAAGUCCGGGCUCGCAUUUCGAUCGUCCACAAUCGUAGCGAAUAGUACGGAAUCUGUAGCCCCGCGUAUCGCACCCAUCCAUCGAUAACAACAGAACGCAAUUCAUUUAGAAAAAAGAGGCUACAGUGUGUGAUCGUGACCAUGUUUCAGGCGCUGCAAAGAAGAUCAACAAAAUUGGGUGCUUUACGGCAUGCUAGUAGACGUACAUCGAGCGCAUUAAGCACUAGAUACUAUGUCACCUCUAGCAACAGCGGGAAUAAAGACAACAGCAGCAAAAGUAGCGAUUUUUCCGAUCAGGUAGAAGCAAACAAAGAUAAUCCCAUCUCGCGAACACUAAAGCUCAUCGGCAACGAUGUGCAGCGCGUGAAGAAAUUCAUCCUACCGAAAGGCUUUACGAAACAGAGCGCUACAAAGGACAGUGCGUCGGAAUCGGUGGAAAACUACCUGCAACGGUACCGGAGGGAUGAUUUUCAAACACACUGCGACGUGCUGGUGAUCGGUGGUGGAGGCGUUGGAUCAUCGAUCGCUUACUGGCUAAAAAAGCGUGCCCGGGAAGGACUGAACGUGGUGGUGAUGGAGAAGGAUUCGACCUACGCACAAGCAUCUACCUGCCUGUCCGUUGGCGGGCUUCGGCAACAGUUUUCCAUCGUGGAAAACAUUCAGAUGAGCCUGUUCGGGGCCGAUUUUAUGCGCAACAGCAAGGACUAUCUCGGCGAGGACGUCGAUCUAAACUUUACCCCGCACGGGUAUUUAUUGCUGGCGAGUGAAGCGGGCGCAGAACAGCUGGAACAAAACUCCAAGCUGCAGUGUGCACUCGGGGCGAAAAAUGAGCUUUUAACGGCGAGUCGGCUAAAGCAGCGCUUUCCAUGGAUGAACACGGAAGGCAUUGCGCUCGGUUGCCAUGGAUUGGAGAAGGAAGGAUGGUUUGAUCCGUGGGCACUGCUUUCGGGCUUUCGGAAGCGUGCCAUCGAGUACGGUGCCCACUACGUCGAGGGUGAGAUGGUUGGGUUUGGCUUCCAGCAGCAGCCGGACAUGUUGGCCGAAGGCAUCGAGGAGGGUGCGUACGAAGGCAUUAACCGAGCGUUCGUAAAGAUGAAGGAUGGUGAAAUGCGCGAGAUAAAGUUUGCGAUCGCCAUCAUUGCUGCCGGUGCGCAGUCGGGUGCGAUCGCGCGCAUGGCGCGGAUUGGCACGGGCAAAGGAAUGCUGUCGAUACCGUUGCCGGUGGAACCGAGGAAGCGGUACGUGUACGUGUUCCAGUGCGAAAAUGACCAGGGCCCCGGAAUUAACACACCACUAACGAUCGACCCGAGCGGGACGUACUUCCGGCGGGACGGACUGGGUGGUAAUUAUUUGGGAGGGAAAAGCCCGCUGCCUGAGGAAGAACCGGCGAUCGAUAAUUUGGACGUGGAUCAUGGAUUUUUCGAGCGGACAGUGUGGCCAAAUUUGGCCCAUUUGGUGCCGAGCUUCGAAGCGAUAAAGAUGAAAAGUUCGUGGGCCGGUUACUAUGAGUUUAACACGUUCGACGAGAACGGUAUCGUUGGACCGCAUCCGUACUACAACAACCUGUACAUCGCGACCGGAUUUAGUGGGCAUGGUAUUCAACAAACUCCUGCCGUUGGACGAGCCGUUUCGGAGAUGAUCAUAGACGGUGGGUUCCGAUCGGUGGAUCUGACGCGCUUCGGGUUCGAUAGGAUCAUCGUCGAUCAGCCUAUGUACGAGGCCAACAUUUUCUAGUCGUGCAAUGUGCGCCAACCUAUUGAUUGUUAGAAUCAUUGAAUAAAGUUUAAACAAUACCUGUUUUUACACACACGCA